AUGGAUCUUCAUCACUGUAUCCAUCCUGUACUUUAUCCUGGGAGGCGUUCCAAGCGUUCUCGCUUACCAAUCACCAAGUAUCGCCGACUCGAUAAUUCUACUGACCAUUCAUCUGCACUUGUUGCCCUUCCCGGGUCUGAUCAUGUCCCCUCUAGCGUCUCGGAGGCUCUCUUUAUUCCUGAAUGGAAACGAGCCAUGCAGCGCGAAUUUAAGGCACAAUUGGACAAUCACACAUGGUCUCUUGUUGACCUCCCUUCUGGACGCCGUGCUAUUGGCUGUCGCUGGGUUAACACUAUGAAACCGUCUACAUCCACCUUUCCUCAUAAGGCACGACUGGUAGCUCAGGGUUUCAGUCAAAUCCAUGGU